ACAAAGACAUUUAUAAAAGAUUGUAACAACAUGAGAGUGAGAAAAUGAUAAGAGAAUUUUCAUUUUUGGUGAACUAUCGCUUUAAUACAGCAAAUUCUUUGCUGCAAUAUUGAAAGUUACAUCCACAUACAAAUAUACUUAAAUUGCACUGCAGUGUACACCUGAAGUCCACUUUUUUAUUGUGGCAUACAACAGCAUCACUAAACAGUUUGCAGCCUAAUAUACAGUAACUCUGCGAACUUACUGCAUGUCAAUUUUUCGGGCGGGUAUACCUUAAUUUUGCUUUAAUGACUUUCUGAAAUAGCCAGCACAGAUUUACUAAAACAUAAACAUGCAUGAAACUUUGCACACUUUCAUUUGUUUUGCCCUUUUUGUCUCAGAACCAGAUCUGUUAUGAUGAGAAGAGCUGCUAUGAGUCCACACGCCUGGAUCUUUUGUGCACUUCUCUGUGUCCUCACAUGUAACCAAAGCUAUAGUGCACACAGAGGGCCCACCUUGACCCGAAGACGGAGGCUUGCUGAGGAUGAAUUGGACGGCGGGGCUCAUAAAAAGUGCUCUUAUACUUUCUUGGUCCCAGAGCAGAAAAUUACAGGACCAAUCUGUGCAAGCCAGGGCCCUUCUCUCCCUGACAAGGAGCGUGUUACGCAGAUGGACAUUACUGAUGUUCGGGAGAUCCUGACCAAGCAGAGACGUGAAAUGGACACGCUGCGGUUAGUUGUGGACGUGGAUGGAAAUAUGGUCAACGAAAUGAAACUUCUGCGCAAAGAGUCGCGCAACAUGAACUCCCGUGUUACUCAGUUGUACAUGCAGCUACUCCACGAAAUUAUUCGCAAGCGUGAUAAUUCAUUAGAGAUGGCACAGCUGGAGGGCCGAAUCCUCAAUGCCACGUCUGAGGCCUUUCGACUUUCCCACCACUACAGAGAACUGGAAGCGCGCUUCUCUGCGUUGGCCGCCAUGGUCAAUAACCAGUCGGUGCUGAUCGGGGCUUUGGAGGAGAGAUGCCUGCAAGUUUAUGAAAAUCACAGAAAAGAGCCACUACCUCCGCCUCUUGUACAGGUCGUGCCAGAGAAUAUCCCGGUUUAUGUGCCUCGUUUUUCCAAUGAGAUUCAGAGGAGUCACAGUUGGGCCUUUCAAGGAGACCGAAGUUCUAGGACAGCUCCAGCACCUACAGGAAGCGCCCUAGACCCGAAACAUCCUCCACGGGGCAACUUCAGUUUGGAUGGUCCCUUUCGUGACUGUUUGCAGGCGAUGCUGGCAGGACAUGACACGAGUGGGAUUUAUCUUUUGAAGCCUGAUGGAAGUGAGAGGUCUGUACAGGCCUGGUGUGAACAUGAUGUGGACAGAGGAGGCUGGACAGUUAUCCAGAGCAGGAAAGAUGGAUCUGUCAAUUUCUUCAGAAACUGGGAUAGCUAUAAGAAGGGGUUUGGCAAUGUAGAUGGUGAAUAUUGGCUGGGUCUGGAAAACAUUUACAAUCUGGGCAAACAGGAAGAGUACAAGUUACUGGUGGAACUGAAGGACUGGAUGGAUAAAAAGGUUUAUGCAGCGUAUAGCAGCUUUUAUCUGGAACCAGAGAGUCAAUCUUACCGUCUGCGUCUGGGUCUCUACCAAGGCAAUGCUGGAGACUCCUUAACCAGUCACAACGGCAAACAGUUCACCACACUGGACCAUGACAAGGAUGCUUUCAUAGGUAACUGUGCUGAUUUCCACAAAGGUGGCUGGUGGUACAAUGCUUGUGGUCAAACCAAUCUGAAUGGUGUGUGGUACUCAGGAGGAGUUUAUCGCAGCAAGUUUCAGGACGGCAUAUUUUGGGCCGAUUAUGGGGGUGGUUUUUAUUCUAUGAAGUCUGUUCGUAUGAUGAUAAGACCAAUUGACUGAAGAACAAAACCCAAUAAAGAUCACAAUUCAGCCAUAAUACAUCUACCUGUGUCCACUUUGUGGUCAAAUAAAAGUGUCAAGUCAC